UGUUUGUUGCGUCCGGUCGCGAGUUCCUCUUCACCGUCGCAGCUGCGAAGCAUUCCCCGCACGUCCAUCAGUACCGCAAGGCUCCAUAGUUAAAUUACAAACAAACGGAAAAGCGAAACAAAACAAAAAAAAAAUAAACACCGGACGUGCACAGUUCUUCAGUAAAUGGGAUUUAGUUCAGUGAUAACAUUUUAAAUUUACGCAACGGAAAACAUAACAACAAGUAUAUCAUUUUCAUCGUUUGGUGCAUGUGAAAUGUUUUGAAUUUAAUUUCGUGUGUGAAUCUCCUGAAGAAGGAGAGAAGAAACGAACGAAAACAAACAGAGGCUAUUUGCAUAUGCGAGACAUGAGCCAACCUGGAUCUCUUUGAUUAAUUAAGGAAAGGUGAAAGACACUUGAGGUGUUUGUGGAGAUGUCGACGGCAGUGAGCGGCGGUCACCACUCGGGCGCAGGAUCCCUGAGUCUGAUGUCCUGCGUGAGGGAAUCGUCGCCCCCGCAAGACGCCGCCCCCGAAUACGAAACAGAGAAAAACGUGAGUUCAAAGCGGAAGUUCUGGAAUCCCCGGAAAUGGUUUAAGCGGAAAAGCACCAAGGUGACGGAGGAAGCGGUGAUAGAGAACAACACCUCGAUCGUCAUCGGAGGAGGAAGUACAGAAGCCCUUGAGACCACGCUGCGUAGCCGAUCAACCAGCGAGCUUUCGAUCUCCGAGGAGCAGACGAGACGAAGGAGCACCGGCGGCGGUGGCGGCACUCCCAUGCAUCCGGGCCUCAGCGUGUCCCACGACAGCGUAUUUCACUCGCCACAAUCCGGUUCGGAUUUGGAAUUGGACGGGGCCCAGAGCUCGUCCUCCCUCUCCAUCAGCCACCAACCGACCCAACAAAACAUUAGAUUACAGACUGAGCUUAACGAAAGACUGAGACUUCGUCGCACGCGAGGCGACACCAGCGAGGAUGACGAGGGUCUGCCGAGGAGUCCCUGCAACUCACCCACUGCCGCCGAUGGACACCAUCUGGACAAGUCAAAAGAUCAUCCGACGAAAUCGCACAGCACCUGCAGCGAUGGAUCGUUACUCAGCAUGGGCAGUUCGGAAAUGGAUGAGGAUUUGUCCAUCGGUGGUGGCCAACAUUCCAGACACUCCUCGAAGUUGUCUCUGCACGAGAAACGCACCCCCGAAGAUGAAGUCGUAUCAGAAUGGGGUCCCAAUCAGUCGGCGUCGGCUGCGCCGUUGAACCACAGCGCGGCUCACCACAAGGUAGCAGUGAGGCCGAAGAGAACUCACGGAGCUCCGAGGAGGCGGAGGGUCGCCGGUCCCGUCCUACCGACUACUCCGGAGGUGAACGAAGAUUCUUCUGUAAGAAGUAUCAGUCCGGAAGGUGGCAACAGCACGAGAGAAACAGUAACAGAGCUUUACAGCAGAGGCAGGCAGACGGCCGUUACCGAUGCUAAAUUGAAAUGCUCAUCAUUGCCGCCUGGUUUAGCAGGACCCGGUUUGGAUGGAAACAAGCUGAGCAGGAGCAGAUCGAAUGCCGGAGUGGUCAGGUCGCACGACGCGCUCGAGGAGGAGGAUUGCGCGGACGGAAAGAAAUCCGAAGGUUCGUUCUUCGGUCGCAUCUUUCCGCGGCGCAGCGGUAAAAAGAAGAAGGCCAAAGAGCAGAAGGAGGACAAAAAGGAGGCUGUUAAAGAAGAGGCGAAGAAGGUCGAGGUGAGUUGUGAGCCUUUCGAGAAGAACACGAUCGUGGUGGACGGUAAUCUGGCCAUAAGACCCAACGCUCUUCGGUCCGGUCCUGCGUCCAGGCAACGAGUCCAGCCAAUCGAAAUUCCGGUUGCUGCUGCUGCUGACAUACAGGAAGAAACUUCUUCUCCUCUCCACGCCGAACUGGAGAGCCAUUUCAAGAGCAAGAGGGUCACUCCCAAUCAGCAAGAAUCUCCUGUUCCUCUAUCCGUAUCUCCACCAGCGAGUGCCGCAAUAACAUCAAAAGUUCCUUGGUCGCAGGAGUCGCGGCAGUAUACCAAAUUCACCAGCACCAAGUACUCGGAGAGCGUGCAGGAGUCCAAGACGAAGGUGCGCAUCGCCGGGUUAUCAUCGCUCCAGCAAAGGGUUUUAUCACUCAACGAAGACGAUGCGGAAAACAGCUUCAAGUCGCUCACCAAUCUCCCGACGGAUAACGAGAAACCGGCUAAACCUUUGGCAAAGUCGCAUAGCUUUAAGGCCACUAAAACGAGCUACCAGCAACAAGCCCAGAUCACUCUGAACUUGAGAAGUGAAGAUAAGGAGAGCCUAAUUUUCAAGUCGAUCUCUUUGGAUAGCGUGCAGAACGAGCGCGUCGUGGAGAGUGUGAACGAAGCCAAAGUCGAGGUCACCGAGAGCAACGACAUAACCAUAACUGGUCCUAGUCAUAACAAAGCUAUUGUGAAUAUUUGCGCCGCUCCGGAGGUCAAGGAGCAGCCUCAACAGCAGAUUUCGGUAACCAAGAUCCAUCUGAAACCUUCCACUGAAGAAAUCGUAUUAGAGAAGCCUCGGAAGUUCAGUAACGAUAGCAUCGAAUUGGAGGACGAAGACGUGAAGCGCUUCAGCAACGAGCACGUCGAGAUAGUCGUUAAGAAAGAGGCGACACCGGUUGUGACCAUCACGCCGAUGCCCACGAGCAGAUACAAGAAGCACACGGAGAGUAUGAAACGAGCGCUCGUCGUUUCCGAGAAGCCCGUGCUCAAGGUCAAAUCGAACAGCUUCGAGAAGCCCUCCGAACCAAAGACGCCAGAGGAAACGACGAAAUCGCAGGAGAACCUGUGCUCGGAUUACUCCCAGGUGAUCAGAAGGAAAUCGAUGAUCAAACCCAAGCACGACGAGGAGCCCGAGCUGAUGAAGGUCUUCGCCAGAAGAUCGUUGAAGUUGAAAGACGUGGACAGCGAGGCGAUAAGCCAGCAGGUCAAUCAGAUGGUGCAGGAGAACAGCGAAAGCAAAACGUCUCGGGACAGUGACAAGGAGAACUGCUCGGACUCUUCUCCGUUGGAGGAGCGCAAGAAGCUGAGCGAUUCCGUCGAGGUGACAUUUCGGAAACACCAGCACACCAACAACAACAAGAACUCCUCCACGCCCAUCUACCAGCGCACCGUCAGUCUGCAUCAGCCGUCCGUGAAGACUUCAGAUGCCAAGCAGAUUCUCAAGCAGAUCUCGGCCGUUGAACGUCCGAAGACCGAGACAUGGAUAUCGAGCACCAACAACAAUAACAACAACAACGGCGGCGGUAAGAUGGAGCUCAAGGAACAAAUCGACAGCUCCGAGAUCAUCGCGAACAUCUCGGAGAAGAAGAGUGAUAUUAUUACGGAAUUCAAUGUGAUACCCAAGAACUUCAACCAACGCAAGGCGGAAUGGGAGAAGAGGGCCAAGGAGGGAAUACGGAAGGCGGUUCCGUAAAGUUUCCGCUUCGAAGGAAGGAACGAAAGAAAGAAAGAAA